AUGCCCUCCUCCUCUUCCUCUUCAUCAUCCUCGUCUUCGACGACGGCAUCCUUUUCGACAUCGCUGUCUCAUACUGCUCCAACGCCAGCCCCAGCCCCAGCUCCUUGUCCUCUUCCCCCUCCUAAGCAGGAGCCGAAAUCCGCUGUCCCAACGACUGCAAUUGUAAAGCACUUUGACAUGGACGAAGAAGUCGUUAAAAACGCCACGCAAACAGCCGUGGACUUGUUGGAGCAGAAGAUUAGUCUAGCUCAGCUGGCAGAGAAGUUAAAGAAGACGUUUGACGUGCUCUAUGGUCCUCGAUGGCACUGUGUGGUUGGGAAACCCUUUGCCAGGUAA